CACAGCGAGAAGAAACAAAAAAAAUUGCGGUGAAAAGUUAAGUUGAUUAAAAAAACUAUAGACCGUGAGAUUAGCAGCAGAAAAGUGAAGUUGCAACUAAAAAAGCCGAGCGCCGCACUGCCAACCAGAAAUUGUGCAAAAUGAGUGGGGAUGUGGCUGCCGAAAAUCUAUCGCCUCGCUUCUGAGAAAAUGGAAUCGUCCAUUAAGCUUAAGGACAACAACUCCAAUCCCAGCAGCAAUUCGAAUGGCAACAAUGGAGCAGCAGGAGCAGGAGCAGCAGCAGGAGGAGGCGGUGGCAGCAGUGUCGGUGGCAGCAGCGGUGGCAGCAGCGGUGGCGUCUGUGUAUCGAGCAUCUGCAGCAGCGAUAGCUUCAGCAUCAUGCCACCGCCGCAUCAUGAGCUGGUCAGCGCCAACAGCAUCGAGCUGAAUGCGGCCGCCUCCUUGAGCGAUGACAGCGGUGUGCCAUUGACCACCAAUAGCUCCAUAUCCAGCGGUGAUUCCUAUCGCAUUGGAAUGUGCAAAUUUGAAAUUGAGAUGGUGGAAAGCGAUGGCGAGGUCUCACAAUUCGAUUCGCUGGACAAUUGCUCGGAGGGGGGCAUGAGUGCCGAGAACUUUAAUACACUGAAAAAGGGUCCAUUGGCACCCAUUGAUCCGCCGCCCGAGUUCCAGGACUCGCCACAGACAACGCUUGUGCGUUCCAUCUCCAAGAACAUUGUCAACAGCCUGCGGCGUUGGACCUCAUCGCAGUCAUCGUUUGAGCAUCUGAAAGAUGAUGUGACGACGACGACCAGCACCAAAGUGGCAGUAGAGCCCCCAACAAAGACGGCUGCAGCUGUAGCUGUGGCAGUAAUGGCCAGAGCAGAGCCUGAGCAAAACCAAACAAAGAUCUGCCAAAUGGAUGUAAUGGAGAGCACCCAUCUGAGCCUCAAGGAGUCGUAUGCCAUCAAUAAGCAUCUGUAUGUGAGCGAUUCGAUCCUGAAUAGCCACACGGACAACAUUUACGAUGAGCCCAAUAACAUCAUCAGCAGCUCGUUGGGCAACAGCGUGGAUCUGCUGGAGGAUGAGGGGUGCUCCGAUCAGAGCAGCUGCUCGCCAUUGCCCUCACCGCCGCCGCCAGUCUCCAUCAUCAAGAUUAAGCAGACACUGUGCCCCUACUAUCAGGAUCAUACGCGCUACUUCAAGGCCAUACCCACGGAGCAGGACAGCAUUGCGAGUGCUAAGGCGGCGGCAGCCGCUGCCUCUCAGCAGCGUUUCAAUUUCAAUGCUGCCGGUCUCUCGGAAAUCCACGAUUACGAUUUGUAUUACGGGGCUCGACGACAACCGCCAGCGGACAACAGUAGUUUGAGUCUGCAGCGGCGGCAGGCCACCCUCUACAGCCCCUUGGGUGGGCAUACGAGCCACUGUCACUACCACAACAACAACAACAACAGCAAUAGUAGCAGUCAGGGGCACUACAACCAACCGUACAACAGCCAUCCGCAUCACCAUCAUCAUCAUCAUCACUACAGCGGGGGGACGGCUGCCUCCAGCCAUGGGCAUGGACAGCGUCCGAACUCGAGAAAUUCAUUGAACAGUCGCCUGAGCAGCUCGCACAAUUCCCUGAAUGUUUCGUCGGCAAACAAGCCCGAUGAUUCCAUCUUCAUAACGCAGGCCAUGUCCCACGAUGCUCUGUUUACCCGCGAGAUCUCAGAUUUUUAUAAUGUGCCCAUCGAUUCGGACAUUUAUGCGUUUCCCGUGGACAUGAUCGAGCAGCAGCAGCAGCAACUGGAGAAGGAAAAGGAGAAAGAGAGACAGGUGACGGCAGUGGCAGUGACAGGGGCGGGAACAGGAGCACCCCCAUACCACAAGGCUGCCAGCAGAAGGAAUAAACGCAACAAACGCAAGCAGCGACAUGGAGGAACGACUGCCGCGGGAGCGGGGACCGAGACGAGCGACGGGGAUGGGGAAAAGUCAGGGAAACAUGGAAAAUAUCGCACACCAGUGGGGCAGAGCCAGGGACAGGGACUGGGCCAAUGCCAGGGACAAACGAGCGAAUCAUCGGAGCCACUGCACAUGACCCUCGACGAGGUGAAGCAAUUCUAUCACACACUCUACUCGGAUGCGGGCAAAUCCUGUGCAUCCUCGGGCGGCGGUGGGGGACCCAAACCGAUGAUGGUCAAGUCCAGUAAUGAGACCAUCUGGAGUGUGUCCACGGCCACAACGAAUGCCACAACGACCACAGCGCGAACGCGCAGCAGUGUUGGCACCUCAAAUCGUUCGACUAGUGCUGCGCCCGCAGGUGGCGGUGGCUCUGCCAGCGAUGGUGGCAAGUAUCUGAGCAAACAGAGCAAGCACAAUCUUGACAAUGAUAAGCUCAACAACAACAAUAAUAAUAAUAACCAGCAGACGCCCAUCCAACAACAGUCAUCGGAAAAGCCACCCGGAGGGGAGUUGCAAAUGCAGCUACAGAUGCAACACCACCAACAGCAGCAUCCGAACAACAAGCAUGUGGUGCACUCGGAAAAGAAGUCACAGUUUACGCUUAAUCUCAAGCAAAAGUUCUGCAGCAUCUUUCGCUUUCGUCGGAAUCAUCAUAGUCGUUGUCGUGCCGCAGCCGCCUCUGUGGCAGCAGCGAAUGCAGCUGCCAAUGCGAGUGCCACGAAUGCCAUAUUGGCUGUGGAAGCAACAGCUGUGACGGCCGAAGGCCAGGACCAGGAGUCGUCACCAGCAGCAGCAGCCACAGCAACACCAGCCGCCACAGGGGAGUCGUCAUCCGACGAGGGACUCAAGAAGUUCCAGUCGCGUGCACUGCCACCAUUACCAAAGAAGGCAGCCGCCUAUGCCAUAGAUGAAGCUGUCGAACAGCCCGAGCAGGAGGAUCAACAGCAAAAGAAGCAGCCUGGUGGCCAAGAGCCGCGUGCAUUGCAGUUUACCUCAAGCAUUGAAAAAGUCAAAGAUUACGGCUGGUACUGGGGCCCCUUGUCUGGGGAAGCAGCCGAAAAGGUGCUCUCGAAUGAGCCGGAUGGUUCGUUUAUUGUACGCGAUAGCUCCGACGAUCAUUACAUCUUCUCGCUGAGCUUCAAGCUGAACAAUUGUGUGCGACAUGUGCGCAUUGAACAGGAUCAGGGGACCUUCUCUUUUGGCUCUUAUGCCAAAUUCAAGUCCCAAACCAUCACCGAAUUCAUUGAGAAAGCUGUCGAGCAUUCGCGAAGCGGCAGAUAUUUAUUCUUUCUGCAUCGCCGGCCAGAGCAUGGACCAAUGCGUGUGCAAUUAACCAAUCCAGUAUCUAGAUUUAAGCACGUACAAAGCUUGCAGCACAUGUGCAGAUUUGUUAUACUAAAGGCGGUUAUACGAAAGGAUCUAAUACAGACGUUGCCAUUACCAAGAAGACUUUUAGACUAUCUUAACUAUAAGCAUUGCUACUCCGAGCAGGUGGAGUCUGACAGUUCCCAUUCGCAGAUUUCUGGCGAUGGAACCAUGUAGGAGGAAAUGGAAAUGGAGAUGGAGAAUGGGGAUGGCGAAGGCGGACUCGGAAGCGAUUCGCUUGUGACAAGCAAAAAAGUAAACGAAAGCAACAGAAAUUAUUACCUUACAUAAGUAGUAGAAUUUAAACAAACGAAACAAAGGAAUGCGAAAACAAAGCAAAAACAAAACAACAAAAGUAACGAAACAUAAAAUCGUUAAGCGUUCUGUAUAACAAGAACAAAAGAAACAACAAACAAACAAAAAACGUUAAAUAAGUAAAAUAAGUAAA